AUAGCGAGUUAAACGGGUUGGCUGGCGACACUGACUUUUAGAUAAUUUGUUAACAAAACAAAUGAGAGUAAAAAAAAGAAUUGAAAAGAAUGCCGGUUGAUCAAAAACGUAUUAACGGGCCAGAUGCGUCCACAUCGUAUGAAAUUUAUAUUUACUCCGAAACGAAAGACAACGGAGUACAAUGUAAUGUUCCAAAAAGGCAUGACGAUCGUUCAGACAACGAACUUCGAAAUAUAUUUUUGAAAACGGGCAUUGUUAGCCAGGCAAAAGGUUCUGCAUACAUUGAAAUGGGUAACACCAAGGUCAUCUGCUCAGUAUUUGAUCCUAGAGAGAUACCAAACAAAACUGGCUUCUGUAUGCAAGGGGAACUAUUUUGUGAAUUCAAAUUUGCAUCCUUCUCUCAUCGCAAACGGAAAUUGCAUCAGCAAGAUGCAGAGGAAAAGGAGUAUAGCUUGAUAUUACAAAGAGCUUUAGAACCAGCAGUGUGUCUGCAAGAGUUCCCUAAUUUCCAAGUCGAUGUCUAUGCAACAGUUCUCGACAAUGGAGGAUCUGCGUUGGCUGCGGCGAUAAUGGCAGCUAGUUUAGCUUUGGCAAAUGCUGGAGUUCCAAUGUUUGGUUUAGUUACUGCAUCUACUAUUGGCAUAUGCAAUGGGACGUAUCUAGUAGAUCCAACAGAUAUAGAAGAAAAUUUUUGUUUCACAAAAACUGCAUCAGAUAAAUCAGAUACGACAAAUGAUCAUGGAAUUAUUGUACAAGCUGCUCUUCCACAACAUGGCCAAAUUUCCGAAAUGUUUGUGAUGGGCAGCAUCAGUAUGGAUACCAUGGAACAUUCCAUGGAUCUUUUGAGCAAGGCUCAUAAGGAUAUAUGUCCCUUAUUAGAGCAACGUCUUGUAAAAACUGUGUUUAGGACAUUUCGAUCGAGCAGCAAAAAAACAAACAAAUAAAAAUAUUAAG